AUGAGAAACGAGCAUCGCCAUCCACAUCCAUUUGGGGCUUACCUCCCAAUGAGCCACGUAGGUUUAGAAAGGGGUGGCAAAAAGCUGAGGUGGCUGUCCAGCUUUAUCCCCCGUCCCCAGCUUUUGUUGCCAUCCACACACCAGUUGCCAAGCUCACACUCCAACACUCCCCGUCGCCGCUCCUUAAUGGGGAGCGUUGUCAUGGCCUCCCGCUCCAUCAAAUUCGUCUCCACGGAUUCCUCCAUCAAUCAGUUGCAGAAAAGAGUUACCAGCAUUCAGGAGAAGCGUGUGGAUUCCUCGUCAGGAGGGCUGGUAGUGACAGCUGCGGAUGUGAUCGAUCCUAAUUUGCUGUUGCCUUCUGCACCUUACACAGACCCCAGGAACAAGCUGCGCUACGUCAAUGCAGAAGUGUUCAAGAGAAUUAGAUCCUCACCGGAUGAACAAUUUCAAGGCUAUUUUUCUCUUCGGAAUGCAGCCGUUUUGCUGAAAGAAGGAUUGAAAAUUGGUCUUGAUUUCAAUCACAUAUCGUACGCCUAA